AACGACAGUGCAUAUCUCCGGUGGUCAACUUUCAAUUGCCGAAUCAGGUCAAUGGGAAAAUGGGGUAAUAUUCACUCCUCAGUUACCAUCUCAGGUCUACCGCUUAGCUGUCAUAGCCUGGCUGUCACCAUGCCUGAACUCCCCGAGGUAGAGCGUGCAACAGCCCUCAUCAGGUCAAUCAGCAAAGGAAACAAAAUUAUUCGGGUUGAAACAUCCGAGGACAACCUAGUGUUCCAAGGAUUAUUAUCCCACGAGGUCUUUGGUAGGGAAAUCAGUGAUCGCGUCGUGAAAGAUGCGUACCGAUAUGGAAAAUAUUUCUACAUCGAGCUCGAAGGAGCAGGAAGGAUGCCCGUGCUUCACUUCGGGAUGACCGGAAUGCUACAUGUGAGGGGCCAGCCUACCCUUCAGUACAUGAGGAAAAUACAUCAGAGUCCUGAAAUAUGGCCGCCUAAAUUCAUGAAGUUUAUAUUGCACAUCCAGGAUCAGACGUUAGGCACCGUAACCGAAUUGGCUUUUUCCGAUGCACGUCGUCUCGGGCGCAUUCGCCUUGCCAUCCGCCCAAGAGAAGAACCACCUAUAUCUGAACUCGGCUUCGAUCCAAUUUUAUCCAUGCUUCCACUGUGGGAGUUUCAGACACUUGUCCUGAAAAGAUCAUGUCCAAUUAAGGCUCUUCUAUUGGACCAAUCCUUCAGUGCAGGCGUUGGAAACUACCUUGCUGAUGAAAUUUUAUAUCAAGCAAAAAUUCACCCUGAACAACGGUGCAAUACUUUGCAUCAAAGCCAGGUCGAAGCCCUGCACCGUGAAGUGGUUGAUGUUUGCCGAAUCGCCGUGGAAGCCAAUGCAGACGAUAGCAAAUACCCGAGCCAUUGGCUUUUCAAACAUCGCUGGGGGAAAGGUAAGAAGGUGCAGCAAAGUAUGAAGCUUCCGUCUGGGGAGCCUGCGACUGUCAAGUGGAUCACUGUGGGUGGUCGUACCUCCGCCUUUGUGGCCGAGGUUCAAUGUCUUCCGCACAAGCAAAGAGUAGAGACGACUGAGACUGUCACAGAGGACGAGAGCGAUUUGACGCCUUUACCGUCAGAUGAUGACAACCGUCCAGUAGCUUUGAAUCGCAAGCGUAAAGGAAGAUCCAAGCCCAUCAGAAAGAGCGUAGGUUCUACACCAACGGAAGAGCCUCUCUGUGAGAAGCGUCCUCGACUCAGAAAACACUGAGCGCUGGGAAUUGUGUGCUUCCGGCUACAGUUGCGUCAUGCUCGACUCCCCCUCCUCACCUCUGUAGUCGUGCUCACUUUCGUGCACUUAGAUGUUCCAGAGUCCUACAGACUACCCUAUGUUUGUUGAAUGUUGUCACUUGUUUCAAUGGCUAUCUCCUAUCUUUUGAACUACAUGCAAAUACUCUUCCUGUAGCUCUGCGAAAUGAGCUUGAGUGCUCCAGCUCUUCGGACCUCACCGUAUGCCGGUGUCACUGCGUCGGGGUCUUGUGCUCACAUCACCAGCGUUGUAUGUUGACU